AUUUCGUAAAACCGUCCCCGCCAUCGAGACGUACAUUUUAUCCGCGACUGGGGCAGCAGCGCUACCCUACUCCUGCUGCUGCUCCUGCUUGACUUUUGGAAGACUUGUCUGAUGGCGUCCCACCACCACCACCACCACGACGACGACGAACCUCAUCACCAAGAGGGGGAAUCAUGGGUAGGUCCGGACGGGAAGCUGUACCACAGCCACGAUGGGCUGGCGCCGCACUCGCACGACCCGAUUGAAUCCCCCGGAUACUUUAGCAGAAGAGCGCCGCCGCUCGUGAACAGGGAUUUCAAGGAGAGGGCUUUUACUGUUGGCAUCGGCGGCCCCGUGGGCACUGGCAAAACAGCUCUGAUGUUAGCUCUGUGCGAAUCUCUGAGGGACAAGUAUAGUCUUGCUGCAGUGACAAAUGAUAUAUUUACAAAAGAGGAUGGUGAAUUCUUGAUAAAGCAUGGAGCGCUUCCAGAGGAGAGAAUUCGUGCUGUGGAAACAGGUGGUUGUCCACAUGCGGCUAUUAGAGAAGAUAUAAGCAUUAAUCUGGGGCCUCUUGAAGAGCUCUCCAAUUUGUAUAAAGCAGAUAUACUAUUUUGUGAAUCUGGAGGAGAUAAUCUGGCUGCAAACUUCAGCCGAGAAUUGGCUGAUUACAUCAUUUAUAUAAUUGAUGUAUCGGGUGGAGACAAAAUUCCCAGGAAAGGCGGUCCAGGAAUUACACAAGCUGACCUCCUUGUCAUAAAUAAAACCGACAUUGCAGCUGCUAUUGGGGCUGAUUUGGCAGUCAUGGAGCGAGAUGCACUGCGAAUGAGGGAUGGCGGUCCCUUUGUUUUUGCUCAGGUAAAGCAUGGCGUUGGCGUAAAGCAAAUCGUGGAUCAUGUCUUACGAGCUUGGGAAACAGCGACAGGGAAGAAGCACCUCCAUUAGUUUCACCUCUCAAACUUCAGUGUCUGUUAUCGGGUUUUCUUUCGUGACAUGAUAUUUAUUUAGGUAUCAUAAGCGAGAUUCACCGUUCAUGUUUUUUUUUUUGGUUCAUUUACUAACUGAUGUCGAUGGGUAGAUAUACAUUACAAUGGAUCUAUCAAAUCUCUACUUUGAUUUCCCAGGCAUAGGUGAUAGAUAGGUCCGGUCGGUCCACCUGUCACUUUCUAUUGCAGGUUUUGGUGGAUAGGCUAUCUUCUUCAUAACCAAUGACUUGCUUCGUUAUAGUUGCUCAGUGCCCCGCCCCUGCCACGUAUAGUGAGGAUGUGCAUUAGUUGCUGCUGAGGGUACACACACACACAUAUAUAUAUCAGAAAUGGAAAAGGAAAGAUCUGGGAUGGAUGGGAGAAAUAAUUACUAUGAGCAUUGGAAGCAGCAUUGCCUGAUAGCACAGUGCUCGUGCAUCAUCGAUAUUGUCCCAGACAGACAACAUCUGUCUAUCUUCCAAUCCGAUGCCCACCAAGUUCCAGUCCAAGUGAUGAUAUGGAAACGGGACCAGAACCUCAUUUUUUUUGUUUUCAAUAAAUUUGAUCGAACUCACAACCUCUGGCAUGCUAGAGGAACGUUCUAAGGAGUAUAUUAUUGUACGAUAUAUUGGACUGAAUGGAAGACAAAUAAUUAAGGCACC